CUUAGCAGACCGGAGGGUGACCCGGAUGAUGGCGGCCGGAGCGGCCCUAGCCUUGGCACUAUGGCUACUACUGCCGCCGGUGGGGGUUGGGGGGGCAGGGCCCCCACCGAUCCAGGACGGCGAGUUCACGUUCCUGCUGCCUGCGGGGAGGAAGCAGUGUUUCUACCAGUCUGCGCCGGCCAACGCAAGCCUCGAGACCGAGUACCAGGUGAUCGGAGGUGCUGGACUGGACGUGGAUUUCACGCUGGAGAGCCCUCAGGGCGUGCUGCUCGUCAGCGAGUCCCGCAAGGCAGAUGGGGUGCACACAGUGGAGCCCACGGAAGCUGGGGACUACAAGCUGUGCUUUGACAACUCCUUCAGCACAAUUUCUGAGAAGCUGGUGUUCUUCGAACUCAUUUUUGACAGCCUGCAGGAUGACGAGGAGGUCGAGGGCUGGGCAGAGGCUGUGGAGCCUGAGGAGAUGCUGGAUGUCAAGAUGGAGGACAUCAAGGAGUCCAUCGAGACCAUGAAGACCCGGUUGGAACGUAGCAUCCAGAUGCUGACACUCCUGCGGGCCUUUGAGGCACGUGACCGCAACCUGCAGGAGGGCAACCUGGAGCGGGUCAACUUCUGGUCCGCGGUGAACGUGGCAGUGCUGUUGCUGGUGGCCGUGCUCCAGGUCUGCACGCUCAAGCGCUUUUUCCAGGACAAGCGCCCUGUGCCCACGUAG